UUUAGGUCAAUAGCUUUACUCUGAGAUUUGAUACAAUGAAAGCCUUUCUGGGAUUAGGAGUGCUGUGCCUUUUAGCUUGCUUGAUUUGGGCUGAUCAACAAGAACCAGUGACUGUGCAAUGCACCCUUCUCAUGUUCCGGGUGUUAGUGAAAAAAAAUCUAUUUGGAUCUGGAUCAUUAGUGAGAGCUGAAGAACUAACACUUGGUUCAGGUUGUCGAGUUACCCAGGAGUUGCCAGAUAAAUUUGAGCUAUUUUAUUCUGUGACUGAGUGUGGGAUUCACUCUCAGGUUACGGAAACACAUGUGAUUUAUAGCACGAAUCUCCGUUAUGUCGCAUUAUAUCCUGGUUUUGGCCCUCGUUCACGUGAUUUCCCCGUGUCCUGCAAAGUGUCCAAGGGACUACAAUUCUCUGAUUCAGAAGAAGAUGAUACGUUUCUACCACAAAGCAAAAGAAGAGGUACCGUGAAAAUGUGGGCUUCUGUGGGCCCCUCCCGUCGGACUCCGGAACUCCAGGAAAUGCUGAAAAAACAGAACAAAGAAGGCCUUUUAAUACAACAGAAUGAAUCUUGCAGCGCGGCCUCCUCCUCCACCUUGACUCAGAGCUCUCCAGUUUGCCACCUUUUCCAUGGAGAUACUGGACUUGCAUCUUGAGAGACUACUGAAGGGGCAGCCAAGGCUUUGUGAGCCUCACAACUCUGGUUCUGAACUUCAGAAGCUGGCAUUGCCUAAGCUCUCCCUGCUGAGUUUUUGGUCCUUUUAAAAUUUUUUUUUAAGGAAUAAAUCUCCCUAGCAUUGCUCUUAUUUUAUGAUUCCUGUACAGAAGGGGACUGUGUGGGUUUUAAAUUUUAAUGUUCAUGUCUCAUUUUUAAUCUGUUACUAAUAAUAUUAAUUUGUGCUACUAAAUAAAAGCUUCCUUGAUUAAAAAAUA